AUGUCGUCACACCUCCAUCCGCGGUCGCGGUCGACCAUGUCCCUCUUCACAGCAACGCUCCUCGCAUCUCUUCUAAUAGUCGGCGUACCACACGUCUUUCCAUGCCCCGCGCCACGACGAGCAUUGGCCGAUUCAGAGAUCAUAGUGACCGCAGAUGGACAGCAGAUAAGGCGGAAGAGAAGACGGAAAGAUCCCAUUCCUGCCGGCGACGAGGCGUCAUCACCGUCAGAUCAAUUGGCUGGGCAGUCGUUGCUCGGUUCUACAACCACGAACAUCAUAAGUCAGACACCCACAGUUGGGCAGGAACUACGAGAACAAGCGGCGCAGUUCAGGUAUAUGGAAGCUGAGGCGAAAGAACUUGAGAAAACUGCGCGGGAGUGUCCAGUACCAAAGCCAAAGGGUAUCCUGGGCCAACUUCUCGGAUUCGGUGCGGAUAAAAGUGAUGAAUUGAAGGCAGAGUCUCCCAAUACCGAUAUCCAAUGGAAGAGAAACACAGAAUGA